CUAUCGUCUUUUACCAAAUCAACGUCAAACCUAAUAACAUUUAUUUUUCCUUUUGAUGAUAAUCUGAAAGAAACACGGCAAAGCUGAUUGUGGUUCUAGUCAUAUAAGAACAACGCCUUUCUUAUCUUUCCUCGAAAUUUCUCUGACCGCCCCUCUCCAGUUUAUUGUCCUUUGAUUUUGCGAAACACUUGUAUCAGGCGAAUCCCAGUUUCGUUCUUCUUCACUUUAGGUAAGAUCUGUAAGAUACAGACAUGAUGAUGAAUAUUUUAUUCGGUUGAAACUUUAUAAGAUGGCUCGUCCACAAGACCCUCCACGCGGUUUCUUCCCUUUUGGAAACCCCUUCAGGAACCUCUCUUCCAAGAACCCUGUACUAUCCUCUAAUCUUCUCUCCCUCUUGAACACUUUCGAGACCAACUUAGCUUCUUCCAUUACCAAGCUUGUCCCCAAGGAAAAGUCCCAAAUCCUCACUCUUUCAUGGAUGAGCCAAGCUAUGGUAUCUCUUUGCCAGACCCACGAUGCUAUCAAGACUCUUAUAACCGCUCUUGAGCUUCCUGUCUCUGAUUGGGAGGACAAGUGGGUCGAUGUCUACCUAGACAUCAGCGUCAAGCUCCUUGACCUCUGCAACGCCUUUAGCUCUGAGCUUAGCCGCCUCAACCAAGGCCAUCUCUUUCUCCAGUUUGCUUUGCAUAACUUGGACACGAACGCUCCUCAGAAUCUUUCCAAAGCUCAAUCGUCCCUCGACUCCUGGAAGCGACACAUCGUUUCCAAGAACCCGAGGUUGGAAAGCUGUCAUUCAAUCCUGACCAGCCUUGUUCAGACCUUGAAUCUCCCCAAGGUGAAAAACUCUGCCAAAGGAAAAGUCCUGAUGCGUGCUCUUUACGGUGUCAAGGUCAAGACUUUGUACAUUUCUGGUGUCUUUGCUGCUGCCUUCUCAGGUUCAUCGCAGAACCUGCUCUACGUCACGGUCUCAAACGACCUUCCAUGGGCACCAUCCUUCAUGCAAAUGCAGAACACGAUGAACGCAGAGAUCAAGAGCAUCUUUUUAUCUGACGGUUUAACCGUUAUGAAAGAGCUCGAGGCUGUUGAUUCAGGUGUUAAGGAACUUGCUCCUGCGAUCCAACAAGGGUCAAUAGAUCCCAUCGUGCUGCAGCCAUUGAAGGACUCGGUCACGGAGUUAACGAGUGGGAUAGACCUUGUUUCAAAGGAGGUGGAUUGCUUCUUCAAGAUUCUCUUGUCGGGGAGAGACACUUUGCUGGAGAACCUCAGGUCGAUGGGCGCAUCAACGGUACCGCAGGCAACAUCACCAAAAAAGGCUGCUGGAAAAAAGCAGAGAGGAUUCUGAUAAAGUGGUAUUGUGUGAAUAGAUGGUAUUGUAAGUGUUCCAUCUUGGUCGUCAAUGUAUUAUUAUUAGGUGCUUGUCAUAUUGUGGUCGUUUGUAAGAGACGCAGGGAAACUAUUACUAUUUGUAUAAGAAAAAGGUUUUAUCAACUUAUAUAUCUAAUCUAUUAAUUUGGACCU